GGGAUAAAGCUGACGGCAGUUACUUCCAUCAGAGGGAAGUUAAAGAUUCAAGACAAGGUAUUUCCACCUAAGAUAGUCGAGCAAAAAAGAAGAGCUGAAAAGGGAAUAGUUCAGUUGCUUGCAAUCAAGAACUAUAGAUCAAAAGGAGAAUCUUGAAAAGGCAUACAUCUUACAUACUCUUGAAGCAAACCAUAUACUACCACUAUACAUAGAAAGAAAGAAAAUAUUGAUAAACAAACAAGUGUGACUAAAGAGGCAGAGGGGGUUUCCCAGCCAUGGAAGAAAUGGUGGUGGAAGCUCUCCUCUUUGGUGAUAGACAAGCACAGCUCCUUGCUGCAAGACAACUUGCUCAAUUUUCCACCAAGCAAAGGCACAACAUCGCCCAAAAAGGCAUAGUUCCUCCAUUGAUUUUGAUGCUGAGUACUAGUGAUUAUGAAGCCAUUGAAGCUGCACUUUUUGCUCUGCUUAGUAUAGCAUUUCGCAGUGAAAGGUUGGCCCCAUGCGCAUACUUCAUUCAACUGUCUGUUACGACAGAAAUACUCAUAGCAAAAUCAGGGGCUAUAGCAGUGUUAUUAGAUGUGCUUCAAUGCGAAAACAGAUUCUUAGUAGAGCUAGGAGUAGCAUCUCUCUUGACCCUCUCUUCUUGUGCUUCAAAUAAGCUGGCAAUUGCCGCGUCUGGGGCUAUCUCACUUCUACUUGAAUUGUUGAAUUCACAAUCCAACAACAGCAUGAGCUUGCAGGCUAAUUUGGACAUCUUGUCAACACUUCACAAUCUUUCAACUUGCCAUCAGGUCAUCCCUUCCAUUGUUUCAUAUGGUGGGGUAGCUACCUCGCUCGGGCUAAUCAACCUCGCCCCAGAGUUGGUGACGGAAAAAGCUGUGGCGUUGUUGGAGAAUCUUGUUUCUUCAUCAAGAAUUGCACUAGAGGAAGCCGCAGGAACAGCGGGAGCAAUCCAGUGUUUGGUGGAGGCCAUGGAGGAAGGUUCAAGACAAUGUAAAGAACAUGCAGUGGCUAUUCUACUCCAAGUAUGUGAUAGCUGCAGAGACAGAUACAGAGGGAUGAUCUUAAGGGAAGGGGCGAUGGCGGCGCUACUUCAGUUGAGCGUUGAUGGGACAAAGAGAGCCAGAGACAAUGCUAAAAGACUGGUUUUGCUUCUAAGAGACUGUUCAAAUUGCAGCCAAACGACUGAACAGCCGAAGAAUAUUGUGUUAAUGGAACAGAUUAUGAGACAGAUUGAGCAAGGAGUAGGAGAGACAGCAGGGAUGUCAGUAGCUGUUUUGGAGGAAAUGAUUUCAAAACUUAGAACAUGACAUUUUCAUGGGAUUGACGUUCUAGUUGUGUUGAUAGUUGCAAUAAAAUUCAUUUUCUUUCAGAGUUUUGGAAGGGGGGACCAUGACCAAUCUUGUAUGAUAUAUUUUAUCAUAAUAUUUGUACAUAAACUUGGGCUUUAGAUUAGUUUCUUGGCAUGGUAUCAUUUUAUCCA